UUUUACCAUUCACUUUCAUUUACGCGCCCAGCAAGUCUCAUUUAAUAGCAACUUCUUUCCCCAGCAGCACUGAACUAAUAAUAUUGCUGUGAAUAUUGAUGUCACCAAUGUCGUGAAAGCGUGAUCAGGCGGAGAUCGAUCAUGGCAGGUCGGUGUUGGCUAGAAUCUUCACUGGAUCGUUCGUCUAAACUCGGGCUUGAGGUGCUGCAAAGAGCCAAAAGACGUUCGGAAACCUGGAAGAGUGUAGGAACACCACACAGGGAUCAUCAUGGCACCGAGAAACACACGGAGAUUCUGGAACACUCUGCCACCCAUAUGACACUGGAUAAAGCUUUUGCAAAAAUAGUGGAGUGCAUGUCUGAAACUAGCAAUCAAUGCAAGAAGUUUUACAGGUCUGCAAGUGCAGCAGAGCUUCAAGGACAAGAGCGAACCCAUGUAUGUCGUUUUCAUGCUUAUGACCUUCGACAGACUUCUCGGCAAAUAGAAAAUACUACUUUAACAUCCAAAGGAGCUCAUUAUACUGGUUUGUCUGAGCCAGAGGAUUUCCUAAUUGAAGUGUCUCCGGGCACUUAUGCCAUCACAGCAGCAAUGCAGGAUGCUGGCCUACAGACCAGAGUGGUGCACAUCAAUGCAGGGGAGAGCAUGAGACUCGCAUUCAACCUCUAAUCUUAAGAUACUAUCCUCAAAGAUUAACAAGAUUUUUUUCGAAUACAGUGAAUCAUGCCCGCUAAAGCAUAGUCUCAUUUAAUUGCACUGAAACUAAAAAUGAAAUAUUAACAAUUAUGUUUAAGCUAUUUGGUGCUUUUAUCAUUAAGGAAAAUGUGCCUUAAGGUAAGGUGCACAUGUACCACUCAGGGUAUUUUCAGCAGUGCUGAAUUUUAAUAGUUAUAAUCUGAUUGUAAUUGUGUGCAAUACAACUUUUGCCUUUAUUGUGUUAACUUUUGAUACCAAAAUAAAGACAUUUAUUUUUUAGAA